AUGAAGCUCUCACUCUUGACUUUGGCUGUCGCUCUUCCUUUUGCUUGUGCUCAAAACAACAACAACAACAACAACAACAAUGAAGAUCACAAUAAUCACCAUUCGGAAGUAAAUGCUAACAACAACGACCAGAACAACCAAGGCUCUAACCGCACCCGCGACUACAACAACUCAAAUGGUAACAAUGGUAACGGCCAGGACCAGAAUCGCAGUCGUACCCGAGACUACAACAACUCGCACCAAAACGAGCAAACUGAGCAAAACCAGCAGACCGAGCAAAACCAGCAAACUCAACAAAACCAGCAAACUCAGCAAAACCAACAAACCGAGCAAAACCAGCAGACCCGCCAAACCCAGCAAAAUCAAUCUGGUAAUGCCGCCCCCUCUCCUGUUGGUGCUGGUAUUGGUGCUGCAGGGAGUACCGGAGCCGCUGCUGGUACUGCAACUACAAGCUCUGCUGCAGUUGCUGCCACCACUGGCGCUGCCAGUUCUGCCAGCCUCUCCGUUGUGCCUGACACUAGCAGCUCGACCAAUUCGGUCGCUUUGGCUAACAACGCUAGAAUGAACGUUGUCGUAGGCGGGUCUACCAUUUUCGGUGCUGCCCUUUGCGCCAUCGCUAUUUUGUAG